AACACAAAGGAGACGGCAGUGAGAGUGCUGGCAGGCGAAACACCUGUAGCUAGAGGCAGCCUUUUCUCCAUCUGUCAACAAAAGAAAUCCUUAGUGCUCAGAGGCAGUUCUUCUUUCAGUAAAGACAGACUGAAACACAGGAAUAUUGAUUGAAGACACGGACAGUGCUUCCGAGCUGGGUUUACAUUGUUCGUUAAAACCAAGAACAAGAACGAACAGCUGCAAGUGCUGAACGGACAGCUCCUGUAGCUGAGGAACUGAGCGCAGUGACGGGUGCAUUUAAAGGAGGAGGCAAAGAUGCCAAACAAGAAGAAAUAUGCUUUAAAUCAACGACAGACUAUGUUAUAAGACGUCGAGUGCCGCGGCAAUACCUGUCAAAAAGAUCUUUUGAAAAAGCAAAGGAAUAACAACACACUUGCAGCAUCUUCAUUUGAUCCGUAAUCGUGUUUCAACGUGUUUUUAACGUCCACUAUAGAUAUUUGCAAAAAGAAAAAGAUACACAACAAGUUGUCUGGAGAUGUUUAAUGUAGCAAUUACAUAAUAUUUUCAAUAUAUACAUUUUUUAAAAUAUUUACCGUGGGGAAUAUCUGUCAUUGGAUAAUUUUGUAUUGAUUGUGUGUAAACUGGCAGAUCUAUCAUGGCUUUCAAAUAAACAAAUUCGGACAGAAGAAAAUAAAUAAGGAGAAUGUAUAGAGAUCCCGUGGUGUAUCUCCCACAGAAAAACCCAAAUAUGUUUUUCAGCACAGUUGAUGAAUGUGACUAGGGUGUGCCUGUGUUUUUUUUUUCUGGAGAAAAAAAAGAGUGAGUUUUGUGUUGCAAAGGGGGUGGGGUGCGGUGUGGAUGUGAUCACUUCAAGCACCGACAUUGAUAGCACCCCAAGGAGGAAAGAAAACACAAGGUGACUGAUCAGUCGUGAGCUGUGCUGUCAUUCCGUUUGACUUCACCUGCUUGGAUGAGAAAGCAGGGAAGAAAGGGAAUGGACUGAUACUCAACACAACGCAGCACGACAGAGCGAGACCCCUUUUUUGUUUCAUCUGACGAAACAACUGAAAAAAAAAACAAUAAUAAGCUACCACAACCAAAAAAAGCAUGCAGUUAUUGUUUAAAAGCAAACCAAAACGACACUGGAGGGCUGGGUUCUAAAUGUUGUUUAUUGUACUUGCAACAUGUAUAAGGGGUUACUGCAUUUGGACAACCGAAAAUAGAAGCUAGACAAAAAAGCUUCCAUUUCCACUUUUCUUAUCGAGUCAUGUCUUAUCCGAUGAGAUGGGCAAGAUCGACGACAACGAGAGGAUAAUCCUCAACGUUGGGGGCACCAGGCACGAAACCUACCGCAACACGCUGAAGACCUUGCCGGGGACAAGGCUGGCUCUGCUUGCUUCUGAGCCUGACACAGAGUCUGGGGUGGAUAAUCGGCAACAAGUCGCGGGUUACAUCGAGUUCAAUCCCAAGAACAACAGAUACUUUUUCGAUCGCCACCCGGGCGUUUUCGCCUAUGUGCUUAACUACUACCGCACCGGGAAACUCCACUGCCCCGCUGAUGUCUGCGGCCCCCUGUUUGAGGAAGAGCUGGCUUUCUGGGGAAUCGAUGAGACCGACGUGGAGCCCUGCUGCUGGAUGACUUACCGACAGCACAGGGAUGCGGAAGAAGCUCUCGACAUUUUUGAGAUCAGCGGGGAUCCGGGAGACGGGGAGGACGAAGAUGUAAGCAAGAGGCUAGGCAUUGAGGAUGUGGUGUCACCUGAAUGCAAAGUCAGCCGCUGGAAAAAGUGGCAACCGGUGGUGUGGGCUUUGUUUGAGGACCCCUAUUCUUCCAGAUCAGCAAGGUUUAUCGCCUUCGCCUCCUUGUUCUUCAUCCUGGCCUCAAUCACCACCUUUUGUCUGGAGACCCACGAGGCUUUUAAUACUAUUAUAAACAAAACAGAAUUGAUAAGGAACGACAGCCUAUCUGAUCAGAAUGCACAGUAUGAGAUUGUAACGGACCCCGCUUUGACUUAUGUAGAAGGCAUCUGUGUACUGUGGUUUACUCUUGAGUUUCUGGUGCGUGUCGCAUUCUGCCCUGACAAGCUUGAAUUUGUUAAAAACCUCCUGAACAUUAUUGACUGUGUGGCAAUCUUGCCGUUUUACCUGGAAAUGGCUCUGAGCGGACUUUCAUCCAAAGCUGCUAAAGAUGCUCUUGGCUUCCUUAGGGUUGUUAGGUUUGUCAGGAUUCUACGAAUCUUUAAGCUAACCCGUCAUUUUGUAGGACUACGAGUGCUUGGGCACACCCUGAAAGCUAGCACCAAUGAAUUUUUGUUGCUCAUCAUAUUUUUAGCUCUGGGAGUGUUAAUAUUUGCCACCAUGAUCUAUUAUGCCGAAAGAUUAGGAGCAAGUCCCAACGACCCAACUGCCAGCGACCACACACAGUUCAAAAAUAUUCCUAUUGGAUUCUGGUGGGCAGUUGUCACCAUGACCACACUUGGGUAUGGCGACAUGUAUCCUCAGACUUGGUCGGGCAUGUUGGUGGGCGCUCUGUGUGCGUUGUCCGGGGUGCUCACAAUAGCCAUGCCUGUGCCCGUCAUUGUCAAUAACUUUGGAAUGUACUACUCACUAGCCAUGGCCAAGCAGAAGCUUCCACGGAAGAGAAAGAAGUACAUACCUCAAGCUCCUCAAGGUGGCUCCCCUACACUCUGCAAGACUGACCUGGACAUGCCUUGCAAUAGCACCCACAGUGACGCUUGUCAUGCCAGGGAGAACAGGCUGAUGGAACACCACAGAUCAGGUGAAGCCAGUGGAGGAAGUGACCUGCCUUUGUCACCUGACGAAAGGCUCCCAAUCAGGCGGUCUAGCACCAGAGACGACAACAGAAGAGGGGGAACAUGUUUCUUACUGACAACAAGCGAGUACACGUGUUCUACAGGUGGAGGGAUCAGGAAAGGAUAUGAAAAAUCCAGAAGCUUAAACAACAUAGCUGGCUUGGCUAGCAAUGCUCUGAUGCUGUCUCCAGUAACUUCACCCUACAGCUCACCCUGUCCUUUGAGACGAUCUCGAUCUCCCAUUCCAUCAAUCUUGUAAAACGAGGCUGCAGCAGUGGGUCCAGUAGAAUCCAAUUCCAAGUAUUGUAACUGCAUAAAGGAAGUCAUUACAUGUAGUAUUGAAUCUAGCCACUAGUACAGUAGUUUAACUUAAAUUGUGCAGGAGGUAAACUGUAAAUAGUAGGCAAGAUGUACUUUGUUAACAGAAGAUCCCUACUGUAUAUCUUUGACUUUUAACGUUAUUAAACAUUGUGCAUCUCCUUUUUAAACUAAUUGUCCUGCAUUACUUCUGGCAAUAAAAGGACAUUUAGUGGAUCUCUUUGGCCAGUAUGCUGAAUAACACAUGUAUUAUAUUAGGGAGAAUAUAUAGAUAAAACAAAGAAAAUAUGUGCUUCCAAAUUAUAUAACUUUUUUGGACCUCUUCAUUCCUGUGACUUUUAUCCAUUCUGAAGAUGUGUGGACCCCUGUCUUGAUCACACACUCACACAUAUACACAAACCUUCAAAAAUAUGACUUUUUUUGCAUGGAUCAUCCUGUCUCAUCGUCUGAAAGCAAUGUUGCUAAAUUUGCUGGGACGCAGGUGGCACUGACUAUGUGUGUGCGCCUUGUACCAUUCGCUGACACAAAUGCAUCAGCCAACUUGUUUCUGCAUGUGCCAAUAUAUUGUGCUGGUUGCUGCCUGGAAUGCUGUACAAACUGGAGUUUCGACUAGCAGGCUCCCAAACUGAGUGUCUUCGGUUGUUUAUACACGCAGAUAACUGCAAAGAGGUUGUCAUUACUGGGUACACGCAAGCAGAGGCCAGCUCUCUUUCUUAAUGGCUUCGGGAAGGCACAAGCGUGACAGAAAGGUAACACUGACAUAACGGCUGGCAUUUUAUAAAAAACUAAAUGUUUCAACAAUUCAACACUCACCUGAAAACAGCCCUAAAAGAACAAGUAGUAUCUUCUUGCAGUGCAUGCUUUACAUUGUUCACCAGCCAUAUAGAAUAUAUAAACAUAGAACAUACAUAAUUAAAUGUUGCCACACUUAAAUUGCUGAAUUACCCCUUUUGUUAUGGUGAGGAUUUACAUUUUAAGUAAAAAAACAAAAACACUAAAAUCUAUCUAUCUAUCUAUCUAUCUAUCUAUCUAUCUAUCUAUCUAUCUAUCUAUCUAUUAUACAGUAUAAUAUAUGUUAAUGUUAAACUAUAUGAUAGUUGCUGUAUAUAGUUCUAAUUCUAUAGCAUGAAUUUGCAUGUCUAAAUCCUUGUACAAUAUACAGUCUAUGAUUCAAAAUGAACAUUUCUGAUAUUUAGAGAUGUGUAUUGUUAACAUGUUGUUGGCAUCUUCAAUAGAGAUAUUUAUUUUAAAAAAGGCUGUUAGCUAUUAAUAUUUUAUUGGUGCUGAUGUUAUUGACUACAGUGUUGUACAGCAUUUAUCAUUGAUGUGAACAGCUGUCACAAUGGACAUUGGGUUUUAACCAGGGAGGUUCUGGAAACUGACUUCUGCUUGAGAAAAAAAGGUUGCGUGUGAGCAGAUCUCGCCAGAUGGUCACCAGAAAUGUGGACGGAUUGAGCCCAACCCAAAAGAGUGAAACACACACAAUGAUAAACCAUGAAGCUGCUGCUCAAUGGAAAAACCAAGCAAACUAAAUGGACACAUCUUGACAUAAUGACCAAGCACACAAGCUAUCGAUGUCUGUCUUCUGUGUUCUGAGGCCAGCGGGGUUCAGUCUUCACUGAUAAUUUGUGAUAGAACCACAUUUUACUGUAUUAUUCAUGAAAUCCCUGCAAUAAAUCGACACUGUAGUGCUGUAGAUGUAUACGAACGGCACACAAUUAUAAAGAGAAAAAAAGAGUGCUAAUCUUAAUAAAUGUGACAUCUGGUCAUCAAUCCUUUUUUUUAUUUAUUUGGUAUUUUUGUGAAGUCAUUGAGUUGCUUUUCUCCAUUACCUCAAACUCAGCAGAUUUAUACAUAUAUAGUAUCAUAAUAAUAAUAAUAAUAAUAAUAAUAAUAAUAAUAAUACUAAAACAUGCUUUAAUUAGUAUCUAGACAUGUAUAUUUUGAAAAAUAAAAUAUUCUCACAUAUCAAAUAAAUAUACUAUAUAUAUA